UCAUCUAGAUCAUCCUCGACAGUCCAAUACUCGCCCUCGCUCUCUCACAUACGAUUCUCACCUAGAAGGCCAUCCCUUGUGUCACAUCCCCGCCAUGGCUACUGCUUCCGCCUCCUCCUCCUCCUCCUCCUCUUCCUCCAACCGACCACGCCUGGCCCCACUUACACCCGCAACGCCAGCCAGCACUUCAGGCAGCGAAGGCAUCUCCCGUAUCGAGGGCUACCAUCCCUCUACCUACUCGUCUCGAAUGGCAGGCAGAAGUAGCUUCUCCUCACCCGCUUCCUCAAGCCCCGCAUCGCCCCUGUCCCGACGUGGCUCAUGCUCCUCUGCUGAGCCUGUGGUGCGAGGAGGAUUCGUCAUCCCCUCGAUCACCCUCACUCCACCAGAUGCCAGGCACAGUCGCUCCCAAUCCCUGCCCUGGCAAGACUUCACCUCCAAGACUACCCUCUACGUCCCAGUCAAGACCGAAGACAUUGGUUGGGAAGAGGGUGGACUCUGGUGGUGCGGCAAGUUCGAAUACAGAGAGGUUUCCCUCUACGGAGGCAAGGAUGAUCACGUCGUGGGCAAGUACAGGGGUGGACCCGAAGGCUACUCCUACAUGGACAUCUGGGACCAAGACGCCUUUGAUGGCAAAGAGGCCGCUCCGCCAAGGAAGAAUGACGAGCCUGCACCUCAAAAGGCAGCUAGCAAGAAGGUCACGACUGCUGAGAAGAGGAGGGCAAGCGAGAGUGCCAUCGAGGAAAGACCAGCAGCCCUCUCGUCGACUUCUUCUUCUUCUUCCUCCUCCUCCUCGGGUAACGAUACGCCAAAGUCAUCAGCAUCCACAACAUCAGUGUCGUCCUCUUCUGCGACUUCGAUCCUGAGCACACAGUCUUCGGAAGCACCUGCAAAAGCCACUCUUGCUCUCAUCCCAGACAACAAGGGCACCAUCACCCCACCUCCAUCCUCGCGUCGCUCUUCAGCCUCCAGCUGCCCGUCCCUCUCAAGUACCCCUUCCUCCUCGCGUCGCUCGUCUGAUUCAACCAACGACGACGAUGACGACGCUAUGGAUCUCGACACGCCCGUCGACCCUUCUCUACCUGGCUCUUACAGCACACUCGUCACAGCCGCUUUGGCAAAGGGUGAGGAUGCAGAGACACUCAUGUGCGACAGUCCCAGUACCACCCUCGACCCGAGUGCAGGUGCAAAAGCGCCAUUCGCCAAAUUGGAGGCAGCGCUACUGGCGCUCAAGGCGGAGAAGAAGGCACAUGGUGGAGGGCCUAUUGCUGCUAUUGAUGAGGAGCCCACGACGACGUCGACAAAGGCGGCAGUAGUUUCACCUACAAGUGCUACACCACGCCCUGCACCCGCUUCAAUAUUCAAGUCUGGGCAGAGCUUAUUGCUCUCAGAGGACGGACCUUCGGCCUCGCACCACUGGCCGAGGGGAAGGGGGGUUGCGAGGAUCGCUGCGAGACCUUGCUAGAGGACGUCGAUGUCGAUGGCGAUGGCGAUGGCGAGGGCGUGGAUGACGCUGGAAGUGACGCUACGCUGCCUCGCUUCGCUUCGAGAAUUACCAUUCUCUGGUGGCAAUGC